GUUUCUAUAGUUACCCAGACGCUUGAAAGUUUGUUUUAGCGUUAACAUGCCGCCCAAGAGCAAGUCGUCCAAAAAGGGACGAAAGCUGACCAAGGCUCAGAAGGCAAAGCUGCAGCAAGAGGAGGAGGAGAGGAGGUUGCGAGAGGAAGAGGAGGCCCGGCUACAGGCAGAAAGAGAAGAGCAGGAGAGACUGGAAAGGGAGAGAAAGGAGAAGGAGGUAGAAAGGUUAGAGCUAAAGGACCAACAGCGCAGACAGGAUGAGCUGAAUGAACUGCGCCAUCUACUGGAGCAGAAUCAUACUGCAGUGACCAAAUGGAAAACUGAUGCUCUGGAGACAGCCAAGUGGGAGAGAUACAUGCGCUGCGAUGGAGCUCCAGAUCCGGCAGUACAGCAGGAUAUUAACACAUAUAUCAGCUUGUGGAGAGACGAUCCAGAGGUGAACGUCACAGCCGUGCUCAAGCAGUGUAACCUCGCUCUGCAGCUGGUCGAUGAGGUGGAAGGUCUGUUCAAAGAUGCUACAGACCCACAAGAAAACCAGCAGUACAAGGAGGCUCUCAUAAACCUGCAGGAGUUAAUCCACUUUAAACACCACCUCACAACUGAGGACAUCCUGAAGAGAGCCAGCUCCAACAUUGACACCGAGACAGGCAACAUGCAGACCGUGAUCAGAGAUGAUCAGGUCACAGUGUGUCUCUGGGCCAACAUCAAGAAGAAUCCCAGGUUUAAAGGUUUAAACUUCGAGGAGGUCGGCUUUGGGUUUGAGAUUCCCAAGCAGCUGGCAGUGAGCGACGUUGCUGUUCGGAUCCUCCACACACACUACGACCACCUGUCCAUGCUGGCCAGGAUGACUCACCUGAGGAUACAAACAGCCAGUCGCAGGUCUCUUGCAGGGGGAGAGGAAGUUCCAGAAGACUCAGUUGAGCAGGUAGAGACAAAAGAAAAUGGGAAGGUGGAGGAAGAACCUCAGCAGCAGAGAGUGGAGGAGGAGGUUCAGUCCAUCCAAGGGUUGGAAGGAAGGAAGAGUGCAACCAGUCUGCAGUCAAGAAAAAACAGUCCACUGGCUGAAGUUCAAGAAAGCAACAUACAGACGCAGAUGGAGGCACUUGAAGCUGAAGGCGACCUGAUCGGUUCCUCAGUGCAGCUCCCACUGAUGAACCAGGCUGUCCAUGUGGUAGAUCUGAUACAAUUCACUCCUCUCGGUGGUGUUUUCUACUACGACGUGUUUCACCUGCCGCCUCAGGCUCUCCAGGUCAACGGCUGGGAAAUCCGACAGUUUCUGAACGCAGGGCUACAGACGUUCCAUUAUCCUACAGAGAAGUUUGACUUCGGCAGCAGUGACGCUCUCAUCUGCCCUCCUAUUGGGGCAUCUGUGAUACUUCCUGACUUUGUUGUGUUCUUGGAGACUCCGCAAGUGGCUCGCUGGGAUGCUGCAGAGAAGCAGUGGAGGAUGGACGGCAUCACUGAUGUUUCUUAUGAUGAAGCCGAGGCUAAAAUCUCCUUUAAGAUGGACUCCUUCCAAGCCUUUGUGCUGAUGCAGAAAACCUACGCCAACCUUCCCUUCCAGAGCUGGGAGCUGCGACCGCUGGGCCAAGACGCCGCCAUCUUCAUGGUCAACGGGGCUUUGAUUGACCUCAGCAUCACUAUUCAGGAUAAUCAGUGUUUGCUGCAGUCAGAGAGAGAUCGAGGCCUCUCUCACAUCGUGGGAAAGUGGAUGAAUGUCUCCGCUCUGCAGAAAGCCAUGAUCAACGCUGGGGUCAACAUCUUCGUCAAUCAGUACACGGACAAUUAUGUUAGCACCUGCGGCAAGGAUCCUCUAACGGAACAUGCUGCCUACGAACAGAUGGCCCUCUUUGCUUCUGCCUGCGCUUUCUCAUGGAGUAAGUGGAAUUCUAAAUGUGGAGCCGAACAUCUGGUCAUGCAGGCGUGUGAGCACCUUGACUCCGCCCCUGUACCUGAGGACUCAUGGAGUCUUUACCUGCUGGGUGCUCAGAGAAGUCAAAAGCUGGAGAUCACGGAGGAGAGUGAAGAUUUUUCUUCAGAUCAUCAUCCAAGCAGCGAGUUCCACUCCACCUUCAUCCACAUGUUACAGGACAGCAUGAGUCCUGGCGGUGUAGCUAGGACUAGAGAAUCACACCAUCUGUUUGUGGACACAGUGCAGAGCCUGCUGUGUGCCACCAGACCCCUCAUGUAUUCCUAAAUUACAAAAUAAAGACGUUAAUCUGAAUGCACGUAAGAACACA